AUGUCAACGGCACGCUGCGCGGACUGGACUGGACCGAGCUGUGCCGCUGCUGCUGCUGCUGCUGUGUUGGGAAGUCAUGUAAAUUACCUCGACAAGGAGCACCAUUUCAGCAUCAAGCAGAUCACAGCUAUGUUGCUGACCAAAAUGAAACACAUCGCAGAGGCAAUUCUGCAGUAUAAAGUGGUGGAGUGUGAGUCAUCUCUACGGAGUAAUUUCACACAGACCGAAAGGAGGUCUGUUCUGGAUGCUGCCAAGAACUGCCUAAAGCUAAUGAAUGACAACACUGCAGUGUCUUUAAACUACGGCAUAGGCCUAUUUAUGGAAGAUCCAGGCUGUGAUGAGAAUCCAAAGAUUGUGGCGUUUGUGGACAUGGGCCACUCAGCACUCCAGGUCUCUGUUUGUGCAUUCAAGCAAACUUAGUCUCAGUCAAAGUAAGAGGUGCUGUCUACCGCCUUUGAUCCUUAUUUGGGAGGGAAUGACUUUGAUCAGAGGCUGGUGGAAUAUUUCUCUGCUGUUUACAAGAUGGAUGUAAAGUCCAAGGCUUGAGCUUUGUUGCGACUGACACAAGAGUGCCAGAAACUCAAGAAACUGAUGAGCAGCAAACAGUGCUUUAUGAAUGAUAUAGACGUAUGUGGGAAAAUGAACAGCUGUCAUGAGAUAUUUGGCAGGAAUCAUCCCUGUGGUCCAUCAACCAAAAUGAUUAAGUUUUACAGAAACAAGCCUUUUUAUUCAGAUCUGACAUCACUGCCCUCUCCUGAGGCGAAGAUUGGUGAAUAUAAAGUGCAGAACAUUCUACCUCAGGAGAAUGGAAAAAAGGCAAAAGUAAAAGUUCAAGUAAACACCAGUGGUAUAGUCAGUGUGAGCUCAGCUACUCUGGCCCUGAGGAUCAGCUCAGACAAAUCUGAAACUACAGAAAUAGGAGAUUUUCGCGAUCAUGGUGGCUCUGAUGAUAUUGAAAUAGAGACAAGAUGCUGGAGCCAAUAUUUAUAUUCAAAUAUUCAGCUCUUGGUAGACAAAGAAAACAUGCUAAUAGCACAGUUUCCCCCCAUGCAGCAGAAUCAAAGAGAUGCACUGAGCUUGAAUGGAGAAGUAAACAAUCACCCCCCUGAUGCUAAAAAAGCCAAGAUGAAGGUCAAGCAUGUUGUUCUGCCUGUUAAGGAGACGUUUACCCAACUGUUGCCAAAGGAUCGCCUCAGAACUUGCAUAGAGCAGGAGAGCAAAAUGAUACAGCAAGACAGCCAGGAGAAAGAGCGUAACAGUGCUAAAAAUGCAGUUGAGGAGAAUGUCUAUUACUACAGACACAACCUGGAGGGCCCCUUUCAGACGUUUCUGAAUGCUCAAGACCAUCAGACAUUCUGUGAGCUUUUGAAUGGCACAGAGAACUGGCUGUAUGAUGAGGGAGCAGACCGAGAUAAGCAGACGUACAUUAUCAAGCUGGCAGAAAUACAUAAACUCGGUUUGCCUGUGCAAAACAGAUACCAGGAGUCCAUAAGGAGACCCAAAAUGUUUGAGGAGCUGUCAGACAAAAUACAGAGUUAGACUAUUGUGGAGCAGUACAAGAAUGGAAGAGACAGUUACUGUCAUAUUGAUGCCAUAGACAUGGACAAAGUCAGAGUGUGUGUUGAAGAUACUCAAGUGUGGAUGACAAACAUACAGGAUUCUCAGGAUAAACGCACACCUGAUCAUGAUCCUGCCAUAAACAGCACUCAGAUCCAGGCGAGAUUACAGGCACUCAACAACAAACCCAAGCCCUGGGUUGACUCUUCUAUGGAUGACAACAUUCAACCAGAGCUGCCACACAAGAAAAGUCCAGAAGAUGUGACGCGGAUGGAAUACACUGAUUUCGUUCAAAAUGAAGCACAAAACAACCAUGUCAAUAUUUAGCAGCUUAUGAUAUUGGAAUGUAAUUGGAAUU